AUGGACAACUCCUCAAAGUGCUGCGCUUUCGAAGCUCCCAUCCUGGAUGAAGUCCUACCUCCUAUACUAUUCGUCGAAUUCAUUUUUGGCCUUAUGGGGAACGUCCUCGCCCUCUCCAUGUUCUUCUUCCACAGGGACACCUGGAAGCCCAAUUCUAUUUAUCUUGCCCAUUUGGCUGUGGCGGAUUCGGUGGUCCUUUUUUGCCUUCCCUUUAGGGCCGACUACUACCGCAGGGGAAAGGACUGGGUCUACGGAGACGCCUUCUGCCGUAUUUUGCUGUUUCUUCUGGCCGCCAACAGAGCAGCAGGUAUAUUCUUCCUCACUGCCGUUGCCGUGGACCGAUACCUGAAGAUCGUCCACCCUCUCAACCGCAUCAACCGAAUGGGUCUGACCUACGCCCUAUGGGUUUCUGUUGGCUUGUGGGGUCUCAUCAUAUCCAUGACUGUCUACCUCCUAACAGACAAACAUUUCUACUACCGAAACAACCGCACACAGUGCGAGAGCUUCAAUAUAUGUUUAGGGCGCAAUGCAUUGUCUGACUGGCACAAUGCAUUCUACGUUAUCCAGUUCUUUGUGCCCACCGGCAUUGUUAUCUAUUGCACGGCUUGUAUUACGUGGCAGCUGAAAAGUAAGACAGUGGACACACAAGGCAAAAUCAAAAGAGCUGUGCAGUUUGUUUUAGCAGUUGCUUUAGUUUUCAUUAUAUGUUUCUUCCCGAGCAACGUCUCCCGUAUCGCCGUCUGGGUGUUGAAGAGCUGGCAUAGCGAGUGCCAUUAUUUCCGUGAUGCAAAUGUGGCUUUUUACACGACUGUCUGCUUUACCUACUUCAACAGCGUGCUCAAUCCCAUCGUCUAUUAUUUCUCCAGCCCCGCAGUCAGUGGAUCCCUCAAGAAGGUGUACAUGAAACUUCUAGGAAAGAAAAUGGAGGAUGAGGACGAUGAAAAGAACAAUCAAAGUUCUAUCACAGUAUCAGCUAAUGUAUCUUAA